CUGGACCCUCAGCUUUGCUCAGAUUAUUUUGAUUUAGUUCAAAAUCCUGUUGAGAUGAAGCUUUAUAUCCUGGGAUUCCUUUUAACUAUUGUCUGGCAGGAGCAGCAUGUCAUUGCAUUUCAGAGUGGCCAGGUUUUAACGGCUCUCCCUAGAACAACUAGACAAGUCAGAAUUCUCCAGAACAUGACAAUGACAUUUGAGGUUGUUCUCUGGAAACCAGAAGAUGUGGAGUUCAUUAAAAAGUCAAAAGAAAUCCAUUUCUACGUCAACGAUUCUCAUGUGGACAGUGUGAAAACCUUCUUAGAGCAGAACAAAAUCAUAUUCAGGGUAUUGGUAGAAGAUGUUGAAGAACUUAUUACACAACAAACCAUCAAUGACACACUCAGUCCCCGGGCCUCUUCAUCGUACUACCAACAAUAUCACUCACUAACUGAAAUUUAUGAGUGGAUAGAAAUUAUAACUAAGAGGCAUGCUGAUAUGCUUGAAAAAAUAUACAUCGGAUCCUCAUUUGAGAAGAGACCACUUUAUGUUUUGAAGCUUUCUACAAAUAGAAACACAUCAAGAAAUGCUAUAUGGAUCGACUGUGGUAUUCAUGCCCGAGAAUGGGUGGCUCCAGCUUUCUGCCUUUGGUUCAUAGGUUAUGCAACCCAAUUUUAUGGGAAAGAAGCAAAAAUCACCAAACUUCUGAAUAAUAUAGAUUUCUAUGUCAUGCCUGUUUUGAACGUGGAUGGUUAUGAUUUCACAUGGAAAAGAGACCGAAUGUGGAGAAAGAACCGUUCCCUGCAUGAGGGAAAUCUAUGCUUUGGGACAGAUCUGAACAGGAACUUUGCUUCGAAACAUUGGUGUGAGGUAGGUGCAUCGAACUCAUCAUGCCGAGAAAUUUACUGUGGACCCUAUCCUGAAUCAGAACCAGAAGUCAAGGCAGUAGCUAGUUUUCUCAGGAGAAAUCUGAAUCACAUUAAAGCAUAUAUAACUAUGCAUUCAUACUCUCAGAUGGUGCUGUUUCCAUAUUCCUACACUUUUAGCAAAAGUAAAGACCAUGAAGAACUAUCUCUAGUGGCAAGCCAAGCAGCUCAAGCUAUUCAGAGAGUUAAUGAAAAUACUUAUUACCAACAUGGCCCUGGUGCAGAAACCAUCUAUUUAUCUCCUGGAGGUUCAGAUGACUGGGCUUAUGACAUGGGCAUCAAAUAUUCUUUUACUAUUGAACUUCGAGAUAAAGGCCAAUAUGGAUUCUUGCUUCCAGAACGUUUUAUCAGACCAACAGUGACAGAAAUUUUUUCGGCUGUCUAUACAAUAGCUUCUCAUGUCAUCCGUAAAACUUAAUAUGUCCCAUUUCAAAUAACUGAUUUCAUGAUAGCAGUACACAAUUAUUUUGCCAGAUUUUAAAAAGAAGUACUAUUUUAGAUAAAGGGAUUUCCUACCCUUUCAGGUUUUUAUCAAAGGGAUAUAGUCAACAUAAAUGCUACUUCUUUAAGGACGGGACCAAGGUAACACAGUAUCUAAAGUUUUAUCUUAUAAGUAAUUUAAAAAGCAUGUUCUUGUUGACUGAAAAUGUUACAUCAAAUACAAAAAGUGUCAGUGUCUAUCCACUUUUGGUCCAAACUUUCAACAAAUUUCUUCCUGUGUUUCAAAUAAAAGAAAGCAACAUA